AUGGGCAACAAGCAUGUCACCCUGGACGACAUCCUGGCUGAGGACAUGCACCACUGGUACAAUAAGUUCAUGAAAGAGUCUCCAUCAGGUCUCAUCACACUAUUCGAACUAAAGUCCAUCCUGGGGCUGCAGGUAAUGUCUGAAAAUGCCAGUGGAUAUGUGGAACAAGUCUUCUAUACGUUCGACAUGGAUGGGGAUGGAUAUAUAGACUUUGUGGAGUACAUCGCAGCUAUCAGUCUAAUGCUAAAAGGAGAAAUCAACCAAAAAUUAAAGUGGUACUUCAAACUAUUUGACAAGGAUGGCAAUGGAAAAAUCGACAAAGAUGAACUGGAGACGAUAUUCACGGCCAUCCAGGGCAUCACACAAAAUCAUGAUAUUGUGCCAGAGGAAAUAGUAGCACUUAUAUUUGAAAAAAUCAUUGUUAAUGGACGAAGGAAACCAUAA